AUGUCAACCAGUGAUCAGCAGUCGCAAGUGUUAAAUAAGAAACAACGACGUAAACUUGCGCGAGCUCAUAUAGCGCAACCUACUCAACAGUCGGAUACUGGACACGAAAUACUCGAUGUCAAGCAAGCUGACAGUAAUCAUGCUCCACCAGAAUUGAGUGUACCCUUGAAGAUUGUUAGCAUACCAAAGGAUAAUUCUGACGAUGACAUCAAACCAAUUGAGGAUACUAUCUUACCAACACCCCCUACGUCUGAUAUAGAUACCAGUCGAUCAACCCCAACGAUAGUACCGAUCGAUAUUGAGAAGAUCAAUGACGUUUCUAAUGAAGAUAUAGAGCCUUGUUCACCAAGUCAAACGCCGCGACGUCGGAAUAAACGUUUUCCCAUUACAUCGGCCAUCCCAUUAUUACCACCCAUCGAGCAGAAACAUGGACCGCCAGUGAAGCCAAGCCCUGGUAAAAUAGGCACACCGAUAGAAGCUUAUACAAAUCAUUUUCCUGUUCAAGUGGCCCCUAAUAUGAUGCUUUAUCAAUACGAUGCUGUUGUCGAAAAAUUGAGUUUUCAAUCGCUGAGCAAAUGGGAGGAGGUAAUGAGCCGUGAUCAACGUCGACGAUUCGUACAACAAUUGGCUGAGAACAAAGCGUAUGACGAGGGCAAAUGUUUGUAUAGUACGCAGAAACUGCCCCAACGUCAAUUUCCAAGAAUUUAUACUCUACCAGCGGAUAAUCAAAAUAAGCUUCGUUUCUCUAUUCAAAAUUUAGCUGGUCAAUGGUCAACAUCGACAAUAUUUGAUUAUAUUAGUGCUCCUGAUAACGAUGCUCCUAUGUGUGCUAUCCGUAUUCUCGAAACACUACUGAAGCAAGCACUCCUACCUGUCACCCAUUGUGAAGGUUCAUUAUUCUAUCGAGAUCGACCGGAACCCGACAAACGUCUACCCGAUGGUUUUGAGUUACGUUUGGGAUUCUUCCAAGCUCUGUAUCUAACCCAGGCAGGACUUACGCUCAAUUUACAAACGACAUUGACUAAAUUCUACCCUGACAUGGAGAUAAUUGACUUCCUGUCGGUUCAUUUAAGAAAAGAUAUUCGGAAAUAUGGCAUGAUAAGUAAUGAUUAUGAGAAAGCUAGACUAGUACUAAAUGGAUGUAAGAUCACGACGAGACAAUCAAACUACACUCAGAUUUAUCAAGUUCGAAGUUUUUCUGACAUACCCGAACGGCAAACGUUUACCUUUGUAAAAGAAACCGUUGACAAAGGACGACCGACGUCUUCGACAACGCAGUAUAAUCUUAUACAAUACUAUGAGAAGGAGAAAAACAUCAAAAUUGACUAUCCCAAACUGCGAUGUUUACGAUGUUAUUUUCUACACGAACGAAACGAUCCAAAAGAUCUGCCCAUGGAAUUAUGUCGAAUACUCCAGUGGCAAGAAUGUGAACGUGAAUCCGCUAGCGAACAGCGCGAUCGUCAGAAUCUUACGAUCCCAUCACCUGAUCAGAGGUACAAAGACAUCAUGUCGUCACUUCGAUCAUGCAAUUAUACUUCACCUCCCAAACUACCACUUUGUAAAGCUGUUCAACUGAGUGUUGACGAUCGCGAGAUGAAACUAAUCAAAGCACGUGUUCUUCCACCACCUGUGAUCAAUAACAAUCAAGCAGAUAUCAAUAUGGGUCGUAUCAACCUACGUGGACGCUUUUUUGAACCGUAUAAAUUAAGAUCCGUUGCAUUUGUUUAUUUUGGUCGACUACCACUAACCCCUCAGAAAAAGAGUCUAAUGGACAAAUUUGUGGUAUCCUUUCAGAAAAUCGCCGACCUAUUUCGUUUAGGUCCUAUUCAAACGGGCAAAAAGGACGUUGUCAGCAUAUCGGAGAAUGAAGCAGAUCGUGAACUGAAUUUCAAUAACAUCGAGGCAUGUUUCAACAUCAGAAAACAACAAAAGUGUGAACUGAUAGUUUGUAUUAUGGACAGUAAUUGGAAUGAAUUACGACCGACAAUAAAAUUGAAAGGAACAGUUCAUCACGGUAUCACUACUCAAUGUCUGAUGUACUGCAAACUUGAUGAACAAAUGGAACGAUUUGCUCGUACGCAACGUGGUAGUGCCGAUCGUGUUUUAGAUAAUAUGUGUGAAAAUCUACUACGAAAAAUAAAUUUCAAAAUGCAAGGAAUUAAUACAAAAGUCAGUUUACCGAUCACAACUGCGAGUAAUAAUACCACAUCUGCCAAAUCGAAAGCAAUCGACGAUGCCUGGCAAUUUAUGGGUGCCGAUGUGAUACAUCCAGUUUGUCGACAGGACAAACCAUCCAUUGCAGCUGUUGUUGGUUCAGGUGAUUCGUUAUGUUCGACUAGCGCCGUUCGAAUUUGUAAACAAUGGCCACGAAGUGGCAAAUGUGCCAUCGAAGCUAUUGUCGAUUUGCAACAAAUGGUUGCCGAACUACUGGAAUACUAUCGAGGCGGAAAUAAAAAUCGACUACCAAACAAAAUUGUCUUCUAUCGAGAUGGUGUCGAUGAUGGACAAUUCGCACGUGUGCUCAAUUUUGAAAUUCCACAAUUGAAAGAAGCUUUCCGAGAGGUUUAUCGAAAUGAGCCACUCCCAUUGUUAACAUUUAUUGUUGUCAAAAAACGUCACCAUACGCGAUUUUUUACUCUAAACGAUCGAAAUCAAACGGCAAAUAUUCCUCCAGGAUUUGUCGUCGAUACAGAUAUUGUUCAUCCAGGUCAAUUUAGUUUCUUUCUUAAUUCUCACAAAGCUUUACAAGGCACCAACCGUCCUGCCCUUUACCACGUUCUCUACGACGAAAUUCAAUUUACUGCUGAUGAACUUCAACUCUUAACUUAUUAUCUAUGCUUCACUGAUCCGCGUUCAUCGAUGAGUGAAGCCAUUCCAUCUCUAGUUCACCAAGCUGAUCUAGCAGCAAGCAAUGCACGUGAUCUUUUCGCUGAUAGAGAUAACUCAACCACUGAUGGUUACGCAGCCGAUGCUCUUGAAAAUCCAUCGCUCGGUGAUAUUGUUACUGAACAUUUGUGUGUACAUGAAGAUAUGCGUGAUAGACCUCAUUUUGGUUAA